CACUCCCAACUGGAGCAAAAAGAACAAGACAGACACUCACGCAUACAAGCCUUUCAGCAGCAGAUUGAUGAGCUGAAGAGCUGCAUUGAAGAGCGUGAAGAGGAGCUGUCACGGCUGAGAACAGCAACAGGCGCCACAGACUCAGAGAAGCGAGUGCUGUGUCUGUCAGCAGAGAACGAGAGCUUGAAGCAGAGUUUGAGCGUGACGCAGGGCCUCCUGCAGCAGCUGUCCACCAUCCCGUCUCAGUCCAGCAACAUGCUCGUCAAGGAAAACGAGAAUCUGCGCAGCAGAGUGCAGCAGCUGGAGAGCUCUCUGCAGCAACGGGCCGAGCAGCUUUCACAACUGGAGAGAAGGAGCGAGCAGAGCGAGUGGAGGAGAGCGGAGGAGCUGAGGAAACGAGAGGACAGAGUGAGGGAGCUGCAGCUGGAGCUGGACAGAGAGAAGGGGAAGGAGCCCGUUGUAAAGUAUGUGACUCAGACUGUGGAGGUGGAAUCAGCAGCAACUGUGAAGCAGCUGAAUAAGGCCCGACAGAGGAACGAGGUGUUGGCUGGAAGGCUGUCUGAUCAGAACGAACGCUGCAGGCAGCUGGAGGAGCAAAUCCGGAAGUCUGAUGAGUACAGCUGCAAUCUGCAGCACAAGAUCGCAGCGUACGAGCGAGAAAUCACCAAACUGAGGGAGGAACUGUUGAAAGAAAUUGGACAUUUGGAGGAGAGGAAGGAAGAAGCGGUGAGAGCUGCUGCCAGCUGCUCAGCCGACCACUUUCAGAACCUGCAGGAUCAGUUCUUCAGCUUGCAGAAGCGUCUCACAGCACUCCCUCCCACUUUACGCUCCAUGAAGACAGACUACGCCAGCCUGAGGAGCCAAGUUCGAAACUUCUCAGACUUUUAUGGCAGUGCCAUCAAUGAAGCGAAAAAGCAGAUUGCAGCUGCCAUCAAUGAAAUGUCUGAAGCCAACAAAGAUCUCCUGGAGAAGUACAGAAAAGAGGUUGCGCUGCGCAGGAAGUACCACGAGCAGCUGGUGGAGCUCAAAGGAAACAUUCGCGUUCUGUGUCGUGUGAAGCCUGUGCUGAAGGAGGAUCAGCACGAGGAGGGUCAGUCCGUGGUCGUAGCCACCGAUCCCAACAAUGAAUCCUCUCUGACGGUGAUAAGCAAAGGAAAAGGUCGGAUCUUUGAGCUGGACAAGGUCUUCCAACCGCAGGCCACUCAGGAAGAGAUCUUUCAGGAGAUUGAGCCUCUUGUGACGUCGUGCAUUGAUGGAUACCAUGUUUGCAUAUUUGCAUAUGGGCAGACGGGCUCUGGAAAAACUCACACUAUGGAGGGCACCGUGGAAAACCCUGGAAUCAACCAGCGAGCUCUGAAACAUCUCUUUAAUGAGAUCGAGGAGAGGAAGGACAUGUGGUCCUACACCGUCUCCGUCAGCUCCGUGGAGAUCUACAACGAGGUGUUGAGAGACCUGCUUAGUAAGGAUGGAGAGAAACUGGACAUAAAGAUCAACCCGGAUGGAACGGGACAGCUGCAUGUGCCCGGCCUCAGAGUGAUAGAGGUGAAGAGUUUUCAGCACAUUAAAAAGAUUUUAGCCACAGCUCGACGGAACAGGAUCACCUUUGGCACUCAGAUGAACCAGCACAGCUCUCGCUCCCACGCCCUGCUGUGCAUCACCGUUCAGGGCACAGACCUCGCCACGGGCUCCAAAACCACAGGCAAGUUGAACCUGGUGGACCUGGCGGGCUCAGAGAGGGUGUGGAAAUCUGGUGCAGAGGGAGAGAGGCUGAAAGAAGCCCAAAAUAUCAACCGCUCCCUGCUGGCUCUGGGGGACGUCAUUCAGGCUCUCCGUGCUCGGCAGACUCACAUCCCCUUCAGGAACUCCCGCCUCACCUACUUACUGCAAGACUCUCUGGGCAAAGGCAGCAAAACCGUCAUGGUGGUCCAGGUUUCUGCUCUGGAGAGCAACGUGGGAGAAACGCUGUGCUCUCUAAAGUUUGCCCAGAGGGUGUGCAAGGUGGAACUAGGUCCUGCAGCCAGGAAGAUCGAAUCCGGCGUGGGGCAGUGUGACUGAAUCCUCCGGAGUCUGCCAGAUCAUCAUCCGGCACUAGAAUAAUCCUCAAAGCUCUGCAGCAAUCCUGAUCAAGGGCUAAAUGUGCAGCUGUGGCCGAAACUCCUCCAUCAUCACGAACUUCUGUUGCCAUAAUUCUUAAUCUGCAUGCAGGAGUCAAACGAUGCGAGGCCUCAUUCUUCUUCCAGCCCAACAGAACAAUUCUCAGUGAUCAUUUUAGUCAGUAUAUCAACACAUCAGUUCAUGCUGAGUUACUCAUCCUGCUGUAAAUGCCUGUAGUUUGUAAUCUUCAUCCCAAAUAUGAUGUAUAUCCGAAGAUUGUAGUGUGUAGGAGCGGCUGAAGUACAAGCUGCUCAUUUAUGUCACAUUUAAGUCGCAGAUUUGUGCCGUUUUUGUGAGUUCCUCUUUAGCAUUGUUUGCCUUUCGUGGCAGGAAUCUGUUGUGGAAGGAGCGGGUGGCCUUUACGUCAUGAGCUGUGCAAUACGCUCCUUCAAGAUGACGGGAGUUUUGACUGAAGAUGCACUUUAUUGUGAAAGGAACGGAUCAUUUCAGCUCAAACGCUUGUAAUAGAGUUCACUAGUGAAAUUCAUACCAAAUACUGUUUAUGGGUUCAAUUUGUUCAUUGAUUUAUCAGCUGCUUAAAGAAAGUUAGCUUUUGACUUUAAUGUAGCAACACAUCGAUGUCGCAUCAACUACCUUGAGUGCUUAGGAGUCGCUAAUGAUAAAGAGUGAAUCUUCAGGUAAUUUUAUCAAUAAAUAUGGAUUUUAAAAAGUG